AUGUGUGAUAAUAAGUCAACAUCAGGUAGUGCUGUCGGCUGCUAUAAUGGUAGCAGUAUGAUUUGUUCGGCCGACAGUGGACUCGAACUUGAUAAAAGUGGUAUUCAUCCAAUGAUAAAAUCAAGUCUCUCACAACAACGUCAUUAUGGAACAUCACCGAAUUUUAGUUGUUAUUCGUCGCGCAUCUCGCCGCCUCGAACAUCCACAUCUUCGGGAGUUGGUGUCAGACGAGCGACAUCUUUUCAUAAUACCACUACAUCGUCAACCAAUAGGAAUAGUGCUAAUUAUGAUGAUCUGACUUCGGCAAUGCCAAUUCACGAAAUGCGUUACCGCUUCAGCCCGUCACAGUUUCAGUUGCAGAGGUUGCUGGACGCUUUUGAGAAGGAGCAGAAAAGUUUUGGCGAUGAAUCGAAACGUUCUAUUGAAACGCUUGAGGAGAAGUGUAAGCAAUUUGCUGAUAAGCAAGCGAAUCUUCAAACGAACUUAUUGGAUCGAGAGAAUGAGAUUCGAUCGUUGAAGAUCCAAUUGAGCGAUUAUGCAAGCGUAAAAGAGCAAUUACGGAAGACUGAAAAUGAGCUGAAUAAGCAGAUACUCGAAGACAAGAGUAAGGCUAAUCAAAUCCGAGUUCUCAGCGAGGAGGCUGAAAUGGUCAAACGACAACACGAAUUGGAUAUUCGUCAGAAAGAAGAGGUGUUUUUGUUGCAUUCGCUAAUUAUUAAUAAACCUUUCAUCAUGAUCACAGACUAUUUUUUCAUUAUAAUCGAUGGGCUGGUGAAGAAGUUAAGUCUGGCUGAAGGAGAAAAUAAGCCGUUAGUCGAGAAGAAUGCCAAACUUCUUCUCGAAAUUGAUGUACUCAAGAAGCAGCUAGCUACAAAACAAGCUGAAUUAGAUAAAUGCAGUAAUUAUCAUGAUGAGAUAUUGAAAGCUGAACAACGUAUCGAGCAGAUUCGUUUAGAACGUGACGAAGUGCGUUCAACACUCAGUAAAGUACCUACCUGUGUGAUUUGUUUGGAUAAACGGAUGAGAUUUCAGCCGCAAAUGUUAUAUAUGCCCUGUUCUCAUUUCAUUUGCUGUGAAGUGUGCGGUAACCGAUUCGACCAUUGUCCAACAUGUCGACAAAAGAUAUGUGGUAAAAUCACAGUUUAUCAGUAA